AUGGCAAUAGGAACGAUUUUAGGCAUCCCUUUAAAAUAUGUCAGUUUAGUCACACUGUGUAUUCAAAAUAGUACUUUGGUAAUAAUAAUGAGGUAUUCUCGGCUCGAUAAAGAUAAUUUAUAUUAUACAUCGACGGCCGUAUUUUUAUCAGAGUUGACGAAGCUCAUUAUUUGCCUUUAUAUGGCCGGACGAAAUCAAAUACGUGAGACUGGGCGGUUGAGUAUUUCAGAACUUUACUCUCAAGUGUUUGCUUCCGACGCAUGGAAAUUAAUGAUCCCGGCAGCCCUCUACACAGUUCAAAAUAAUUUGCAGUAUGUCGCCGUAAGCAUGCUUGACGCGGCAACUUUUCAAGUCACUUAUCAGUUGAAAAUUCUCACAACCGCUUUAUGUUCAGUAAUUAUGCUCAGAACUUCUUUAAGUGGAUUAAAAUGGUCUUCAUUAGUUUUACUCACUUUUGGUGUUGCACUUGUUCAAAUGCCAAGUGAAUCAUCUGGAAGUCAAACAAGUGAUGAUGAUGAUGCUAACAUGGAAAGAUUUGUGGGUUUAGGAGCUGUAGCAGUAGCCUGCGUAAUUUCUGGUAUCGCUGGUGUAUAUUUCGAAAAAGUUCUCAAAGGUAGCAAAACUUCCGUUUGGAUUCGAAAUGUUCAACUUUCAUUCUUUUCACUUUUUCCCGCUUUAAUCAUGGGUGUUUGGUGGAAAGAUGGAGCGGGAGUAUGGGAAAAUGGAUUCUUUUACAAUUACAAUUACGUGGUUUUGGCAGCGAUUUCAUGUCAAGCCAUCGGUGGUAUUAUCGUCGCUAUGGUAGUCAAAUAUGCGGAUAACAUUCUUAAAGGAUUUGCCACAUCAAUUUCAAUUCUUCUUAGUUUCCUCGCUUCCGUUUACCUCUUUGAAUUCAUCGUCACUUCAACAUUUUUACUUGGGGCCACAUUCGUUUUAAUUGCUACAUAUAUGUAUAGUAAGCCUGAUACACCAACAACAAAAGAUAAUAUUGAUGUUAAUCAAUUACCCACGCAAUCACUUUCAAAAAAUAAUGAAGAAAAAGAUGAUGAUGGAUAUGGUUUUGAUUAUACUGCUAAUGGUAAUGUUGAUGUUAACGGAAACGGUUAUACUUCCAUAAAUGGAUCUGGAUUAGUGCGAGUGGAGAAAUAA